AUGAUAAAGAAUUCAUUUAAAUCAUUAUUAUUGGCUUUUGUUGGCAUUACCACUUGUUUGGUAAUUGUCGGAAGCGCUUAUUCUUGUGAUCCUUCAACUUGCAAACCUCCAAACUGUUUUUGUGCUGGAACAACUCCUCCCGGAGAUGAUUCUGUUCAAACUAGUACUCUCGCAGUUGUAAACCAAUUAUUAGGAACUAGGAAAAAUCCUAAUGGAUGUCCUAUCAAAUCUACUUAUUAUGUUAGCAUUCAAUACACAAAUAUGUCUAUGGUCACUGAAUGGUACGCCAGUGGUCAUGAGGUUGCUGACCAUACCAUCACUCAUGUCGGGCCAAGUCCUGAAAAUGAAAUUACUGGAUGUAAGGAGGCACUCAAUGCAUUUGCCGGCCUUCCGAAUGACAAAAUUAGUGGUUUUCGAACGCCAUAUUUAAAUUGGACGGUGGAUACUUUUAAUACUCUUUCAAAAUUAGGUUUCAAAUACGAUUCGAGUGUUACAGCUUUGAAUGAUGACGCAUCUUGGCCUUACACUUUAGACAAUGGUCUUUAUAAUGAUUGUUGGAAAGGUUUUUGUAAUCCUGCGAUACUAAAAAUUCCGGGUUUCUUUGAAAUUCCAAUGUCUGCCCUUAUCGAUGAACAAGGACUACCUCAUUUAAUGGAUCCAUAUCUCGAUAAUACUACUGAUGUUGUAAAAAAAUGGUUGCAGGAUAAUUUCAAUCGUCAUCUUAAACAAGGAAAAACUCCAUUCGGUGUUUAUAUUCAUCCUAUUCAACUCAGCACUCUAAUUCCUAAUAGAAAUCCUGCUCCAAUGAUUCAGAUGCUUCAAGAAUUUUUCGAUUGGGCAUUAGCACAACCAAAUGUAUGGUUUGUAACUUCACAACAGCUUCUCACCUGGAUGAAAAAUCCUGUUUCUGCAAGUAAACUCAAAGAUUAUGAACCAUUCCAAUGCAAAGCUCCAAAGAUUGACAAGAAGAUUUGUAAUGGUUUAACUGACGAUGGUCUUCUAGAAACCUGUUCUUUCGCUAAUGGUUCAUGGAGUACAUGUUAUGGUUGUCCAAGCAGUGAUAUUACUGUCGCUAAUCCUGUCCCUUCAAGUAGUAGUAGUAGACACAGAUUACCCACGAAUUGUGAUACCGUUUGGUGGGAUCCGAUCGGAAAUACUUGUUUGUGCACUGACUCGUCUUGUGCUUAUGUGGAUACAAGUGUACCAAUGCCGGGUCCGAAUCAAACCUCUCCAAGCGGCUCCAAUCCUACCAGCAACGGACAAUCCAAUGGUCAAAAAUCUGAUGCUAGUUCGUUACUAAGUAGCCCCGUUUUAGUUCUUUUAAAUGUAUUUAUAAUGACUAGAGUUGAGUUGUAUGAAUUUUAUCUAUACGCUUAUAGAGUUAAUGCAAUUGCGUUAGG